CCCGGCCAUGCUGGACAGCGCCCCCUGGCGGCCGCCGCGCCCUCAGGCGGAGGGGAGGCAGCGCCCCCUCGUGGGCGCCUGCUGUGCGUAUGGCGCAGGCGCAGCCGGCGGGCGGUCACGUGGCGGAGCAGCAAGAUGGCGGCGCGCGGAGUGUGACCGAGGAGCCCCCAGAGCCCGCAGCGUGCCCGGCCCCGUGCGCGCCAUGGUGACGGAGCAGGAGGUGGAGGCCAUCGGCCGCACGCUGGUGGACGCGGCGCAGCCGCUGCCCGCCCGGUUCCGGGCCCUCUUCACCCUGCGGAACCUGGGCGGCCGCGCGGCCGUGGAGUGGAUCAGCCGCGCCUUCGGGGACGGCUCGGCGCUGCUGAAGCACGAGCUGGCCUAUUGCCUGGGCCAGAUGCAGGACGAGGCGGCCAUCCCCGUGCUCAUCCGCGUGCUGGAGGACACGGCCCAGGAGCCCAUGGUCCGGCACGAGGCAGGUGAAGCCCUGGGUGCUAUUGGGAACCCUGACGUGCUGGAUAUCCUGAAGCGCUAUUCCCAGGAUCCUGUGGUCGAGGUGGCAGAGACGUGUCAGCUGGCCGUGAGGAGGCUGGAGUGGCUGCAGAGCAACAAGGAGAGGCCAGGCAGCAGCCCGUACCUGUCCGUGGAUCCUGCUCCCCCCGCUGAGGAGACGGAUGUGGCCAAGCUCCGGGAGAUCCUCCUGGAUGAGUCCCAGGAGCUGUUUGAGCGCUACCGGGCCAUGUUUGCUCUGCGCAAUGUGGGGGGCCAGGCUGCUGUGCUGGCUCUGGCAGAAGGGCUGCGCUGCGGCAGCGCGCUGUUCCGCCACGAGAUCGGCUACGUGCUGGGGCAGCUGCAGGACGAGGCGUGCGUCCCUCAGCUGACGGCCACGCUGCGCAGCCGCGCCGAGAGCCCCAUGGUGCGGCACGAGUGCGCCGAGGCGCUGGGCUCCAUCGCCCGGCCCUCGUGCCUGCGGGCCCUGCGCGCCUUCGCCGGCGACGAGGAGCGCGUGGUGCGCGAGAGCUGCCAGGUGGCCCUGGACAUGUACGAGUACGAGAACGGCGCCCAGUUCCAGUACGCCGACGGGCUCUGCAAGCUGCGGGCCUCCUGAGCCCAGACUGGGGGCACUGAGCGGGGUGUGCCGCCUCCCACCCCCUCCUGCCCAUGGUGGAUCCGUGCCUUGCCACGCAGAGCCAGAGGAGGGACUGGGUUUGCUCUCUGGCACAAUUACAGCCACCUUUUCCCUCCAAAUCCAGGCUGAGCUGCUACUUGCCUCCCCAGCACUCCUCGCCAGCUACUGUUUCCUGGAUCUGCCCCUUUUCCCUGCCAGGAUCAGCGCUGCCUGCCCGCAGCAUGGCUUGGGGCUUGGACCAGGUGGGCUCUGCUUGGCACGUCAGAGCCUGCUGCAGCUCUGCAGGGCUCAGGCCUGCCCUGGGUUGGCGCUGCCCCGUCGGCAGCUCCAUUCUCCACAGCUAAGCUUUGCUGGGGGCUAGGAUGGGCUUUGGGCACCCACUCUGUGGGCUGUGGUGUUAGGAUGCUUCAAAAUUGCUCUCGGUGAUGGUGCCGAGCGGGGCCCUCCUCGCCCGCGCAGUGGGUUUGGCUUCUCCUGUUGGGACAAGCUGGAGCUGAGCCUGUGGCAGCCUCUGCCCUAGGGUGGGGGUUAUUUCAUGGCAACGUUGGGAAGAUAUGGCUGGGGUUUCUUCUGCAGGGAAGGGCGCUGCCAUUAGGGUGGGCAGGGUGAGGCAGAGCCUGCCUGAGCUUUCCUCUGUGUUUAACCAAGGCCAGGAGGGCUGAGGCUGCUGCUGGCACCCAAAUCCCUCAGUCAGCCCAGCCUGGGCAAUGGGGUUUGGGGUUUGGCAGGGAAUAAAGCACUGGCACAGGAA